UGAAAAUUUGUUUGAUAAAAUAACUUCAACGGGUUUUCAGAGUAGGUAUUGGUAAUUGAGUAGUACGACACCGACAGUACCGGUACGGUAAUUUAUUGUUAUAUGAUGGCAUGCACAGUACCGAAAACGCAAUAUGCAACUGCCGCAAUUAUCAACCUGUCAACAGACAACAGUGAGGUAGUCCUACCGUAUAACACGAAAUGGAAUUAGAGCUGAGAGUGAUCAAAGCAACAAAUCUUAGGAUAUUUCUGUAAUUAAUCCCAUACGGUACCCGACAUUGACUGGUAAGAAUCAGAGAAUGGCUGAGUUAAAAUGGAUGCUUUCCAAUAACAAAGGAAAAAACUCCAUAUUGCCACAACAAACAACUUUUAUUUGCCAGAAAACAUUUAAAGUAUGUAAAAAGGUGAAUUCUAUGGACAAGCAACAUGCCGAGUUGAAAUAUGACCCAGAGAAGAAUGUCUAUAAAAUCAAAGACCUCGGAACGGAAAAAGGGACAUAUCUGAACAAUAUUUGUCUUCCACCACAAGUUUACAUCACUCUCAAGGAAGGUGAUACUUUGAAGUUUGGAAAUGAUGCAAAGGAAGUAUUUGUAAAGAAGGAAAUCGUCCAAAUUUCAAAGGAAUCUAGUUCUUACAAUUCCUCAAUAAGAAAAAGUAAAUCAUCUCUAUCUAAAAGUUGUUCUAGUUCGUCUUCUUCAUCAUCAUCAUCGUCCUCAUUAUCAUCAUCAUCUUCUUCUUCUGAGUCAGAUGCCAAAGAAACACAAAAGAGCAUGCAUACAAAGGGAAAGAAAGCAGAUUCAUCACAAAAGACUAUAUGUACAAAGGAUAACCACAUAAAAGUCUUACAAAAGAAAAUGCCUUCAAAAGAGAAACACAUGGAACAAUCACAUAUUACCCAACCUGAAGAAACUAAAAAACAUGAUGAACUUGAUGACUGGUUCUCUGUUAAUGCUCCUAAGAAACUGACGCAGAAGUCAUCUUCUAUUAGAUCUAAUUCAGAUAGGAAAGCUGAGCGUGUGCGUCCUGGAACCCCUCUGGCUACUUUGGAUCAGAUUCCAGCAACUCAUUCUCCACAUUAUUCACCAAAAGCUUCAUCGCGUUCACAUUCUACCAAGGAGAAAGACAAUUCAAAGAAGAAAAAGCGUAACCCCGUUAGUCCUGAUCAUGAAUCUGAUGAAAGCAGUGCAGCAAGCAAAGGAACAUACAUAAUUGAAAAUGAUAAAAAUGAAAAACCAAGAUCUGCUGAUGAAAUUAAUAAAAAGAAUGGUCAUGCAUCAUCAUCUUCAGUAAGCACAUCGCCUCCAAGUUCAUCGUCAUCAUCAUCCUCGAAAUCUCCAUGUUUACUUCUUGAUCUUGAGAAGAAAGACACUGAAGAUAUCAGAUCAAGCUUUGUGUCAGAAUGGAUUCAACAGCAUCAAAAAACUCCAAGUGAUAUGGUUAUUCUACCCGGAGAAUCACCCCCUUCAUAUAAUAAAUGUUUGUCCGAGUCUGAAAGAAUGGAUGAUGUCAGUAACUUACGAAAAUCUAGAAAAACGUUGUCAAUGAAAUCAAGUGAGCUCAGUAGAAAAUCCAGAAGGUCAUUACCACAAAUUCCAGCCGACCAUUUACCCGGGAAUGACAAAGAGGGAGAUGUUAAAACUUCCAGCAAAAGGUCUUCUGUGCCUUUUGUCAGUGCAAGAAGUAUUGCAACGGAUAGCCAAAACACCAAUUUGGAACAGACAAAAGAUAAUGGAGACAUUGAAGCAGUACACGAAUUGGAGAAAGACUCAUCUCAAAAAGCAAAACAAAGAAAUGAACAAAAGCUUAGAAAAAUAAGGAAAUCUGAAGAAAUUGCAAAGACAGGCAAAAAAAUCAUAUCAAAGUCAAUUUCAUCUGAUGAAAGUACGUCAUCAUCAUCAUCAUCUUCCAGUGAAAACAAGUCUCCAAAGAGAGGAAAUAAGAAAAAAGCUUCGGAAAAUAUCUCAAUUAAGCAGGAAAAUCAGAACUUAGAACAAAAGAAAAAGGACAUUAAAAGAACUACCAAUGGGAGCUUAUCAAAAUCACUUUCAGCCAAUAAAAGUAUAUCGUCAUCAUCAUCUUCCUGCAGCAAUGAUGAUAAACCAACAUCUCAACAUAAAUCUGACAAAAGAAAAAAAAAUGAUGCAGCUCAGAAUGGAAAGCAAAAAUUGGUACAUAACACAAGCAUGAAUAAAAGCAAUGGAAAAGCAGGAAAGUCUUCAAAAACAUUUUCAUCCAAGGAAAGCACGACAUCUUCAUCUUCUAGUAGUAGUGAUAGUCAAUCAGUAUCCCAGAAUAAAUAUGAUGAAAGAAAAAGAGUGAAAAAGAAACCAGCAAAAAAUAUUGAAAAUACGACUUCCAAGAGAAGCAGCAUCGACGCGGCAGCCAGGAAGUUAGAACAAUCCGAAGGUCUUCCAACGACAUCGAAAUCCAAAAAAUCUGGAACUCCAAAAAGUCAGCUGUCUCGUUCCAGCAGUUUUACCAAAGAAAAACCAAGUGGUGUGGUUCCAUUCGAUCAACUUCCAGUGAUUGAGCCGAUUAUACAGGAUCAUCAACCUUCAGAUGAGAAUAAAAAACGAAGAAGUAAAACUUCUUCACCAUCCAAUGAUACUGCACUUACAUCGGACACAAGGUCAAGCCUUGGGACAUCUUUGCUAUUGGAGAAUACACAGACUGUCAUUGCAACCAUCACUGAUAGAUCGCGUAGGAAAAAUACAACAACAACAACAACUACAACUUCUAGUUUUGCCACCAGUGAACCUGAUACAACCUCGGACAUUGAGAUAUCGAGCAGUGUCAGUGAGGCUCGAAAUAGAUCUCAGAAAAGAAAUCACAAAAAAUCAAUUGAAGUACGACCUACGACUCUGGCAAAUGAGAUGGAUAAAAUAGGUGACGAAAGAAGAAGACAGUUUGAAAUCAAUAAAAGAUCGUCAAAGGUGGACCAAAGAGAAGAAACUUUUAAAAAAGAAAAAAUGGCAACAAGCAAAGGUGGAGAAAGAAUUGCAUCUCCUGGUUCCAAUUCAGGUGUUAUGCGUCUCAAUAGAGCCACCUUGUUAAGAAAAAACAAUGCAAAACAAAUGUCAAAUAUUCGAACAAGGACAUCAAAUGAGGCAGCGAGAAAAACCAAAGAAAAGAAAGGUGCAGACGUUCGUUUUAACUCAAAAACGAAAUCGAGUUCAAGAGAGAGUAGAGAGCAACGUCUUUCAGAACUUUCUAAACCUCCUGCCCGAUGGAUGACCGGGACUGAAACCUUUACUAAUGAUUUAAGCAAUGCCUACACUAGGUCAACUUCGUCUUUAAACCGGGGCCAGAGCUCGGAAACAAAGAUAUUUUCAUCGCAUAGAGAUUUUAGGCUGCGUGACUCAGUUUCUGGGCUGUCUGACAUGACUGAUAGUUCCAGUAUGUUGUAUUCAUCUGACAUCAGUCCAACUUCACCUCACACUGAUAUCAGUCUUGGUGCUCGGAUCGCUCGUAUUGCUGAUGGAAGUAUUGAAAACACAUCUUCAAACAUUGAAAGAAAUGGAAAAUUUAAUAAACCUUCGAGACGACAUUCUACUGAUAAUAAAACGUACAGUAAACAAAAAUCUAAUUUUCGUGACUUUAAAAGAAGUAAUGUUUGCUCUUCACAAACUUCAUAUUCAGACACAUUGACAACUUCAGAAGGUGGAACAAGUAUAUUUCUCUCACACAAUCAAUUACAAAUGCUAAAUAGUAGAAAAGAGAGUACAACAAGUGCACUCACAGAUUCGUGUGAUACCAACAACAAUACUGUUGAUCUAUGCGAGUGUCAUCAACAACAUCAAAUCAGCCGAUCUCCCCCCGAUGGUGAGAUGAGUGAAGAAAUUGCGAAAGUUUCACAUGAUCUUGUAAAAGAUUUGGAAAUUCUAUCGAAUUCUCUUGAUGAAGUUGAUAUUUCAACACAGAGUAGUAAAAUGUUGCAUUUUCAGAAAUAUCGUGAUGACAGAAUUGUGACGGACAGUUUAGAUUCUCUUCAGACUGCCACAAUGUCAACGGAUUUUGAUACACACGUCCCGAAUAAUGAAAAACCAUAUGAACGUCACCACCCACUAUAUUAUUCAGAUUCAACAAAUUCUUUACCAAUCACCAGCAGUUUGCCUGACAGUGAAAAAUUUCAGCUGAAAAACUCUCAAUUUCAUGAUGCAUCAGCCAGAUCGCCAAAUCGCCGAACUUGGGUGAUUGGUAAUGAACCAUUGGAUGGUCUCGUUCUUUCUAACGCUGUGUUCCUUUCUAACAAGCUUGGAAAUAUGGCAUUAAGAAUACAAACGAAGGCUAAAACGACUCUGAAAAAUCCUUGUGAUGAGAGAUGUGGUUGCAAACACUGUGUAGACUCAUCUUCUGAAUCGAAGUUUUCAUCAAACAGCAGUGAUGUUCCUCUCAUCCAACAAACUUCAACCCCAGAAAUGGCUUUACUUAUCAAUAAUUUGAGACAUCUUGAAUGUGUCCUGAAAGAAAUUGAAUGGCAACUAGAUUCUGGCAAACCAAAUCAAGAUAUUAACUGAACAAAGUGGAAAAGGUGAUGUACGUUGAAAGAAACCGACUAUUCACCAGAAAUUUCAAAAAGAAUACUGCUAUAUUUACUGCAAUUACAAAACUUGACACAUCCAUUACAACAAAAUCUAAUGUUCUUAAUGCAUAUCAACUUGAUAAAAUUGUUUGAUCUCGACUUUUGGAAAAAUGUUAAGAAAUGGUUGCUUCUGUUCUGCAACAGCACAAUAAAAUGAAAUUUAUUUUAUUUUGUCUGUCAACCACUUUUGUAUAUUCUCUGCCGUCUAGCCUGGUGCGUUUUUUCAUGAUUCCUUGUUUUUUAGGAAUAUGUUCAGAGGGCCCCCAUCCAUUUAUUUGAGUUCAACAUUCUUGCACAAUCUAUUUCUUCUUCAUUACAUAAAUUUGUGAUUUAAAAUGAUCAGAAUUGGCAACAUAUCCGAAUAUUCUAAGUACUAUUUUGCUGACUUGUAGAUAGGAAAGCAUUUGAUGUAUAUUAGAAGAAGCAACAGCUUUGUAUAAUUAUAUGCAUGUAUUUCUAAUAACUUGUUGUAGACAUCUAUUUGACAAUGUAUAAACUUAAUGUUCUUUUACUGAUAUUUUUUUUCAUGUUAGUACUGAAAUCUUGAGUGUUUAGCUUUUUCAAAAUUUAAUCUAUUCACCACAUGAGUAAUAUAUGAUAUAGUUUAUUUUUAUACUGAAAAGUAAUUUUUUUCAUUUUGUAAAAUGUAUGCUUAUCUAAUAUAACUUUUUUAUAUCAUAAUAUUGAUAUUAUCAAACAAUGAGUGCCAAUUACUAGUAUUAUAUUUAUUAAUAUAGUUUCAGGCCAAUCCUACAGAAAGAAAAAAUUCAUUGGCCUCGAAAUGUGUUUUAUUUGCUUAAAUUAACUGGGAACAAACAUUCAUCACUCAGAAUCUAUCUGAUUUAUGUUAUUUAAAAAAUCUUUUCCAGAAAACUAUUAAUGUUAAAUAAAGUUAUUUGGAUGGGAAGUUAGUAUGAAAAGUGUUGAGUACAAAUUACAUAAACAUGACUAUAUGUUUGAUUUUAUAUUUAUAAAGUUUAUGAUAUCUCGAAGUGUCUAAUUCCAAUCUCUAUCCGAAUAAAUGUAUUUUUAUCAUUUUACUUUAUUACCAAUCUCUCGUUUAUUUGCAAUAAAAUUCAUUUGCAUUUGCUGAAUAUGUUCCAUUCUGUAGAACACAAACAUAGACAAAGAUGUUAUAUGUAAAAAUGUAUUAAAUGUUUAUGAGCUUUUCAUACAUUCAUUGCAAUAUAAAAAAUGUAAUUACCCAGGUAUGAAUAUACCUUAAGUUAGACUAGGUCAUAUGCAUCUCCAAUUCAUUAUAUUUUGGCACAUUUACAUGCUUAUCAUUAUAUUAAGGCAGAGAAUAAUUGACAAAUGUUGUUUUCAUUUGUAUUGCUUUGUUAACAACCAACCAAUGCAUGACUUUACUAUAUUUUAUGCACCAAACUUCAUUGACUCGUACUAAACCUUGUUCAUUACUCUCAAAAAUGUCCAGUAUCAUUUUAUCUGUCACUGUCUGAGUGGCUUUAACCACACUGUUGUGUGCAGACCGAAUUUUUAACCUUGUUCUGUUUCAUCUAAUAAUAUUGUGUGAAAUUAUCCCCAAUAUUGAACUAGGAGCAUGAAGACCAAUACAUUGCUUUUGUUACAAUAAACAAAUAGAAGUACUUAUGGAACAUUUAUAUAUACAGUAAAGAAUUUUAUUAGUGCUUUUGUGUACCCACUCCAGAAAUAUGCUUCGAUUUUCGACCCAAUCAAGUUCUUUUUCAUAUACCUUUGAUAUAUGCAAUUUCAUAUUUAUCGUAGGGUAGAGGAACUUAGACUUAACUUAGCCACAUGGCGAAUUACACCCCUUGUCUGGACCAGGUUGAGAAUGACAGACUAGUUGAAAAUUUCAGAUGCACAGACGUUGUUGGUGAUUGACCAGCCUUUGCACAGGGGUAAUUAAGUUCAAAUUGCCGAUUGUUUUCGUCAGCGUGACGUCGGUUUGUAGGUCGCGAAUAUCAGUAUUUUGAGGAAGACUGUGAGUGUGGGCCAUAGAUAUUUCAUUAAAGUUUGCAUCAACGAGAAACUUGCUGUUGCAUCUCUUCCACGAGUCUUGAAAUCCUUGCUGGUUUUGGGAUUUAGGACUUGUACCAAUACAUUAUAUUAAAUUCAUGUGCGAAAACACCGCAUACAUACUAUUUACGUAAAUACAUAUAUAACACUAAAAAAUAUUUCAUGCCUUCAAAAGAAAGAAUUCAACUCUAUGAGAAUUCUAAUUUCCAAUCGAUUUUUAAACGUGUCACCACUAUUCUGCU